GUGCCAAGGGGCGGAUUGUCUUCUUGGCAAUUGACGGGUCGCCGUGUGGCCGGUGUCGUCUUCCGUCUUGUAGCAUCCUUCUCAUGUGCUGCCCUCUCAAUGGGGCAGACUAUCGAACAUCGAUGCAACGGCCAAGAAGCACAAGAGAUCUCCCCGGUAUUGGCGUUGAUGGAUGCCGCGGCGGCUAAAGUCUCCAAGCCCGCCAAGUGGCCAUGGGCAAUCAGCCACGUUCCCGCCGUGUAA